AUGUUUUUCUCAAUAUGUUUUAUUGGGCGUUUAUUAAUCAGUUGUAUUAUUUUAUCUCCAAUUCUUUUCUGGCAUAGUAUUACUUAUUUAACAAAAGAUUAUUAUUGUUAUGUAAAAUUUACUCAAACUGCUGGUAUACUAUGGCUUGCAUUCGGUAUCUAUGGAAUUCCACUUUUAUUAUUAUCGUUGCUCUAUUUACGUAUCACAAUAUUUCUUCGUCGACAACCAAAUAAUCAACUACUAAUAGUUAAAAAACGUCAACAACGAGAUUUAGUUGUUUUCCGACGUAUUCUCAUUACUGUUGGUUUCUUAGUUAUUCUUGGAAUACCACCAAUAGUCUUAUUAAUAAUGUCACAGAUUACUGGUGAAGAACCUGCUCUUGCUUUUCGUCUUAUUUGGCCUUUCAUUAGUUUAACAAUGAUAGGAUCGAGUGUGUCACUGAUUAUUUUUACAUCACAAUUAAAAAGCAUUAUUUUAAAAAUAAUUCAUCAUAAUCGAGUCAUGCCUGAACCAAGACCUUAA